AUGGUUGCUACCGUUAAAAGAACUGUAAGAAUAAAGACGAGUCAGCAUAUUUUGCCUGAUCUGGCUCCCGUGGAAAAUUUCCCCAUGCGCGAAUGGAGCAUUGAGAUUUAUCUAGUGGAUGAGGACAACAAUAAGAUUCCAGCUACGAUCUUCGAUAAAGUGGUUUACCAUCUUCAUCCUACCUUUGCUAAUCCGAAUAGAACUUUCACAGAGACACCUUUCCAAAUACAAGAACAAGGUUGGGGUGGAUUUCCUUUAGAUAUCAGUCUCUUUCUUCUGGAGAAGGGAGGAGAAAGAAAAAUUACCCACGAUCUGAAUUUCCUACAAGAAUCCUACGAAGUUGAUCAUGUUAUUCAAGUACCUACCAACAAGCCCUUGCUAGCUGCCGAGCUGGCUAAGACAGGUCCUAUGGAUGAGUCGGCCGGUGGUCCUGCCGCUAAACGCAAGACAGGUGUGCCCAAUGGUGAAGUGAAAGUAAAGAAGGCAAAGACAGCAAGUGCCUCUACUGUCAAGGGCAAUGUCGACAUCGAGAAGCUGGCGUUUGGACUCACAAAGCUAAAUGAAGAUGAUUUGGUGGGAGUAGUUCAGAUGGUCACAGACAAUCGUACGCCAGAGAUGAAUGUAACGAAUAAUGUGGAAGAAGGAGAAUUUAUAAUUGACCUUUACAGUCUUCCCGAUGGGUUACUCAAGAGUUUAUGGGACUAUGUAAAAAAGAACACCGAAUAG